CUGGAAACAAGUAAUGAGGCGUCCAGGCGUAACCACUAUUAUCGCCGUAAUCGUGACGGCGGGGGUGACCUACUACGCCUUAUGGGUUUACUACGACAAAUACCGAGGUGAAUCAGCGAAGGUAUCUCAGCCCAAUGCAAAGGAAGGAUUGCCACAGAAGGUUAGCCAGAAGCCCGAGGUCCUUCCGACCACAAGGACCACAAGAACCCCGACAACCACAACAAUCACGAAAACCACGACGGGCAGUCGGAAAAAAGACAACGCCUGGACGCCCUUCCACCAGCGCACGAUGAACGAUGGGAAGCCAGAUUUGCCGAGAAUCUUAUUCUGGACGAAAAUUUAUGACGAUUGGUUUUCGGACCUCACAGAGGAAGGAGUCGCCGAGCUAGAGUACAAAGGGUGUCCUGAUCGCUGCUACAUCGCCAAUCACCGGCGCAUGCUGAAGGUCAGCGACGCCGUUGUCUUCUACGGCCAUGACCUGAACCCGAAAGAGAUGCCAGAAGAGAGGGCCACUUUCCAAAAAUGGGUCUACUGGUCCUUAGAACCGCCGUGGCACACUCCCGUGGCUUUGCUCAAGGGUCUCAACAAUACUAUCAACUGGACAAUGACUUACAGGCUCGACUCGGACAUCUUAGACAACUACGUCACGAUCACGAAAAUGACGCCAGCUAAACAGCCAUAUUCCAAGGGGUCCCUCGAGAGCAUCUGGAAGAGAAAGUUCAAGAUGGCCGCGUGGGCAGUCACUAGCUGCGAGACGUCCGGGAAGCGAGAGCACUACGUACGAGAGCUGCGGAAGUACAUCGACGUGGACGUGUACGGCUACUGCGGGGAACACGAAUGCUCUCGAAAAAAUGAGACUGCGUGUUACGAGAUGUUUGCAAGAGACUAUUUCUUCUAUCUAUCCUUCGAGAAUUGCAUCUGCAGGGAUUACGUCACCGAGAAGCUAUUCAAGCCACUGAGACACGACAUCAUUCCUGUCGUGUAUGGCGGAGCAAACUAUAGUGACGCUGCGCCACCUGGAUCAUACAUCGACGCCCUUAGCUUCGAGUCGCCGAUGCACUUGGCUCGCCACCUGAAGAAAGUGGCCAAAGACUUCAACCUGUACAAGCAGCACUUCAACUGGAAGGGCAAGUACAACAUUGAGCCUUGGGAUUACUACAACUUCUGCGCACUCUGCCGGAAGCUGCACAGCGAAGACUUCAAGAAGAGUUCUGUGGUACCGGACAUGCACCACUGGUGGAACACGACGUCAUACUGCCGCGCCUGGAACAAAUAUACUCAGAAGUUCGAGUACUGAUAAUCGGUUUCGAAGGGAUAUCAGUGAACGUCAGUGUAGAGAUUGCGUCUCCGACUCCGAUCGCUAGGAAGGCGAAGAAAAUGAGAUGAAAUUCGACAUGCCAGUGCCCUACACUUCAUUGUUCGUUUAA